AUGGAUGGGGACGCGGCGCUCUCACUCGAUGUCGGCCCCCCAGCGGCCCUCGCAGUUUAUGAUUUUCUCGAAUACCACGCACCACAAGCACCCAUCGCCAUUCCGGCGCAUUACAGCACGUGUACGAGCCCAUUUCGACUCGAGCACAGAGAGCGAUGUCGCACGCAGACCACGCCCACGAUCACACACACAGCCCAUACAGUUCCCCCGCCAGCGAGUCGUCUCCGAGGGCCACUCGGCCACCGAGCUCCCAUCUCCUCCCCCCGUCCCUUUCAGACCCCCGCUGCCUCCUACAGCCGCCCCGCCUCUGCCCGGCACCUCCCAUGCGAAGCCGGCCCUCAUGACCUCUGGAUGGGAGCCCGUGUAUCUCCCAGGCUCGGUCUCCGCACCCCCCUGCCCCUCGCCGCGACAGGCACGAGACUGCAUCCCACAGUGCCCAGGCCAGCCCUCAACCCCCGUCUGCUCGCUCCUUCUGGCUCGUCAGACUCGGUCAGCGACUCGGACCCAUACCCCAGAGCGGUUUCAGUCAACAGCUCAUUUGUCAUUCUCGACCCCAGCGACCCCGCACUCCCAUCUGCCGUUGCAAAACGCCUACUACCCUGUGCCGAGGACCACCCCGAAUGGGCCUUGCGCAAUGGUCGCCGACACCUCCGGUCCCAAUUCACCCGAGGCGUCAAGCAGGCUCGCCGAGAGCGCAAAGAGGAAGCUAGCGGCACCCUCUCGACGCCCAGACCCAUUCCGUACCCCCUCGAUUACUCACCCGAGACUCUGGCCAACAAUGCACUAGGCCAUUUAUUGCAUUCGAAUUAUUCUUCUUUCUCUAGUAUCAUUCAAGAACAGAAUGAGCCUCGGAGUUGCCUCGAUUUGGGCUGUGGGGGUGGAGAAUGGAUCCGAGGUGCCUUGCGUCAAUGGCCGACAUGCGAAUUCGUCGGCAUGGACAUUGUUCUACUUAAUCGUGCUCAAUUGUCCUCCCAGAAAGGCCCGGCUUCAGGUCGAGUCACUUGGGUCAAAGGAGACUUCCUCGCUGACCAACUGCCGUUUGACAAUGAGAGUUUUGACCGUGUGCACAUGCGCGACCUCUCGCACGCUAUACCCUACCACGCAUGGUCACUCUUGUUAUCAGAAAUUGCCCGGGUUCUCCAGCCGGGCGGCACACUUGAUCUAACCACAGAGGAUAUUAUUUUUCCUAUCUUGCCGCGUUCGUUGACCGCUCGUCCGACUUGGACCGAAAUCGCGACAUUUCGAGAGGCCGCAAGUGGGCGGAACCGUGAUCCUUCGCAAGAUGAAGAACGUCCAGGCACCAUGCGCCUGAGCGAUGCAAGUAUUGGCCCAGGGGGAAACGAGACGGUCCGCGGUAAAUCUGACGAGACGGUCCGAAAUCGGCAGCCGACCCCGACACCUCCCCCAUUCGCGACUGAACUAGGUUCGCUGUUACGGAUGAGCGAUGGCACUAGGGCUAGUUCGCGCCGUGGUGGCUCCACAACGCCCUCGGAAACCAUGUCGCGCUCGAGGGGCGAAUCCGUGUCCAAGCCCCGAUCGCGUUCUCGAGAUAUAUUGCGUGGGACCUUUAGCGAUGGCGAGAGCACCGGGGUGCGUGCCGGGAUCGGAAGGAUACUACGUGGUCCUAGGCGUUCGGCUGCAACAAGUCCGACCAGGGGCGAUUCGGACACAGCCACGGCGCGCAAGAGUGUUGCCCAGCCCUUGUUUGUCUCUUGUGUUACCGCUGCGGGAUCCAGCCCGAUUCUUCCCCCCGAGCCAGCGCGAGCCUCUUCUGAUGAACCACGUUCGGCAUCAGCUUCCAUGGGUUUGGGCGUUCCCUCUUUUGGAUUUGCCCUAUCCAGCGCUGCACUCGGCUCUGCGCUCUCUCUUCGCUCCAUGGAUGGCUCGAUACACCCCGGUCAGGCGUCUGUUCUCUCGUUGCACCCACCCCCCGCUGGUUCCAACACACACCUCGCGCAUUCAUCCGUUGUCUCGUUCCAGGGCCCGCUCUCUCCGCCCCUCACACCUCCUCGCAGGGAGCUCACGAUCGAACCAACGCCGCUUGGGCACGAUUACGAGCUUCUCGAGGAUCUCUACUAUGCGGUCUACGCAAAGCGGGAUAUACACGUUCAGCUGACCAAUUCGCUACCCGGGCUCAUGGAAUCGUGUGGGUUGUUCGGGAAUAUCGAUCUUGGUGAUCCCGUUACGGUUGACAUGCCCACGUACACCAAUAAAAGUUGCCGCCGGGAUGAAGCCCAUACGCCACCUACUCCUGACAUGUCACCCAAGAGCGGAAACCUAUCUUAUCCCUCGACGGACCGUGAUCACGUCAGCACUUCACCUCAAGUAUGUUCUCCAAGCGUGCGAGAAGCCAUGUGGGAAGAACUAGUGCUUCGACGCGAGCUGGGCGAUUCGGAUGACCAGCAUGUGCGACAGGAGCGUAUGCGAUUCGAAGACAUGAUUACGUCGUAUGCUGCUUCGAUCCAAGCACUGAUCGAUGUUCCAUCGAAGCUCACUGCGGGCGUGCAGUGGCGCAGGCCUGUGCCUCGCGAGCAGACACCUGAACAAAAAUGGGUUGCUGCCGAGUCGCAAAAGCUGCGCACCGCUUGGGCCGCGCGUGAAGCCUGCCAAGGACUGACAGGGUACUCGACUUGUAGUCGCCGUAUCCGCACUAUUAUUGCCACCAAGGCCUAG